AUGUUCAAACCGCCCUUUAGACCAGAACAUUCGUUGCUUCGGGACCAGCAGAGCGGGUACGUGCCAGGAUUCCCUCGAGUUCCUCAUCACGGCAGCGAUCAAAUCAAGAAACUACUCAUGUCUGAGUUUUGCUCAGACGACUUAGAUCGAGUUUCGGAUAAGCUCUGGUGGAUGUCAAAACAAGAUAGCACAAAUAUAUGGCCACUGCAUCGACAGCUAUUACAAGGCCGGUCGAUCGUCGUGACAGAGAACCCAAAGCUACAUCUCGUAUGGAUUAACGACCGUGUUUUCAUCAAGCCUCUUCCACAAUUUAUCGGGUCCCACGACUUCUGGAGAGAGCAUCUUUGCAGUAACAAUACGAGCGACGACGUGCGUAUUCGACGCGCAACCUUGGGUUAUCUACGCACAUACUUCUUUCUCAUCCAGCAUGAAUCAGAUUUUCGCAUCGCCAAGGAUCCUACUCUUUGUCUUAUCCCAGAAGGUAUCUCUUGGGAGCAGUUCUGCGACUUCACCUCUGAUUUUCAUAACAUCCUGGAUAAGGAUGUUUCCCCACGUUAUGCCUAUGGUCAAAUCCGCCUCACUCGCCUUAACUUUUAUGCUCCGAUCAUUUUGCACAAGUCCUACUUCCAGAGAAUUGACUUCCAAUAUGGACAGUACUUCGCAAGUUUCUACGCGCCGAUUUUAUUCGCAUUCGGAAUUACCUCUGUGACUUUGAGUGGACUACAGGUGGUGGCCUCACUUGAAACAGGUGGCGGUGCCAACUGGCAGGGGCUGGCGCUUGGUGUCAGCGUUUUGGCGAUCUUGGUCUCUUUCGGCCUUCUCAUUGGGCUUGGGGUUCUGCUGUCUUGGAAAAUUGCUAAAGAGUGGAAAUUCGCUAUCAAAGAAAGGCGCCGUCUGGUGAAGACUGAACGAGUCGUGGUCUGA